ACCCUUUCCCUCUUUUCCCCCUUUCUACCCGAAACCCUCGCGUGUCACCGGCUUCCUAGUUACGCCCAAAACUAUCUCCUUCGUGACCAAACCCUCGGAGAAAACUUGGAAGGCAACGUCAGGAUCGCGGUCUGGAGAGCCCUAAAAUUCCCUUCUUUCACCUCUUUCCCUUCUGAAAGCAAUGCCUUCUCAGAAGGUAGAAACGGGACACCAAGAUGUGGUACAUGAUGUCUCCAUGGACUACUAUGGCAAACGCAUGGCCACAGCCUCCUCCGACACCACCAUCAAGAUCAUCGGCAUCAGCGGCUCUUCACACCAACACCUCGCAACGUUAAGCGGCCACCAGGGACCAGUCUGGCAAGUUUCUUGGGCUCACCCCAAGUUCGGGUCCAUGCUCGCCUCUUGCAGCUACGACGGCCGCGUCAUCAUAUGGAAGGAAGGCAGCAAACCUGAUGAGUGGACUCAAGCUCACAUUUUCACCGAGCACAAAUCCUCUGUGAACUCUGUUGCUUGGGCACCUCACGAGCUCGGUCUGUGCCUCGCAUGCGGUUCGUCCGAUGGCAACAUUUCGGUCUUCACGGCUCGAACGGAUGGAGGUUGGGAUACUGCUAGGAUCGAUCAAGCUCAUCCGGUUGGCGUCACGUCGAUCUCAUGGGCUCCGACGUUGGCUCCCGGGGCGUUAGUUGGUUCGGCACCGCUCGAUCCGGUUCAGAAACUCGCUUCGGGGGGAUGCGACAAUACAGUGAAGGUUUGGAAGCUUUAUAAUGGAAAUUGGAAGAUGGAUUGUUUCCCGGCGCUUCAGAUGCAUGCGGACUGGGUGAGGGAUGUGGCUUGGGCUCCGAAUCUCGGGCUUCCGAAGUCGACGAUCGCCAGUGCUUCUCAGGAUGGGACGGUGGUGAUAUGGACGGUGGGGAAGGAAGGAGAUCAAUGGCAGGGGAGAGUUUUGUGGGACUUUAAGACGCCUGUUUGGAGGGUGAGUUGGUCGCUGACUGGGAAUAUACUGGCUGUGGCUGAUGGUAAUAAUAGUGUGACUUUGUGGAAGGAAGCCGUGGAUGGGGAGUGGCAGCAGGUGACGACCGUUGAGCCUUGAGGGAUUUGAAUUUUAGCUGUUCUGUCUUCUUUUGUCAUGAGAAAUCUCUGCUUUAAAGUUGUUGGAGAGCAUAAAUUUUAAAAUUUGAUUAUGUUGUUUUUCGA